UUUUCAAUCCUUCAAUCUAGCUAAGAAAAGAUCUUAAAUGUCCUCUCACAGAGAAGAAACAAGAAUCUGGUGAUGGCAUGCAACUCAAAUCAUCAUCGUGGUAAAUAUACUGUAACUGGUAAAUCCAUCCACUGAGGACCAUACACAUUUCUAUUACUCAGUGCGUGUCAGUUGAACCUUAACAGAAACAAAAGUGAAUACUAUAUUCCUCAAGAAAAAUAAAGAAAAAAAUAGGUGGCUGGGAGUGAUGGAUUCAUAGAGCAGGCACAGGCCCCAGCAAUAACCCUGCUGGCAAAGAAAAAAAAAAAAAAAGAUGGUUCACAGACCUACAUAGCACAAAACAUUUAUAAAUGAAAUAUACAGACACUGCUUAAAACACACAACAUGAAUUUAUUUUUGCUUGUUUUUUAAUUUCAUUUAUUUAUUUAUUUUGUAACUUAGAACCUGCUGAGUGAAUAAUGGCCCCUGGGAACGAGUCCACGGUGACUGAGUUCCUCCUGGCUGGGCUGACACAGCAGCCAGAGCUCCAGCUGCCCCUCUUCCUCCUCUUCCUGGCCAUCUACCUGCUCACGGCACUGGGCAACCUGGGCAUGGUCACACUCAUCGGCCUCAGCUCCCACCUGCACACACCCAUGUACUAUUUCCUCUGCAGCCUGUCCCUCAUUGAUCUCUGCCAGGCCACUGUCAUCAUCCCCAAGAUGCUGGUGAGCUUUGUGGCAGACAAGAACAUCACCUCCUACCCAGAGUGCAUGACUCAGCUCUACUGCUUCAUUGUUUUGGUUAUAGCAGAGUGUUACAUGUUGGCUGUCAUGGCCUAUGACCGUUAUGUGGCCAUCUGCCAGCCCCUGCUUUACAAUGUCAUCAUGUCUCCUCACGUCUGUGCCCUGUUCUCAGUGGCAGUGUAUAUCUGGGCCAUCACUGGGUCUACAAUCCAUACAGGCUUAAUACUGAGACUUGAUUUCUGUAAGAACAAUAUGAUUAACCAUUAUUUCUGUGAUGUGAUUCCAUUAUUGGAAAUAUCCUGCUCUAGCACAUAUGUCAAUGAAUUAUUGCUCCUAAUCUUGAGUUCAUUUAAUAUAAUGACACCUUUCACAGCAAUCCUUGCCUCCUAUAUUUUCAUCAUUUUGAAUAUCCUCCACAUCAGCUCUAGAGAGGGUAGGGCCAAAGCCUUCAGCACCUGCAGCUCCCACCUUGGGGCAGUGGGCAUGUUCUAUGGAUCUACUAUAUUCAUGUACAUGCAGCCAUCAUCUGUGAACUCCAUGGGUCAAGGGAAAGUGUCCUCUGUGUUUUACACCAUCAUCGUGCCCAUGCUGAACCCCCUGAUCUACAGUCUGCGGAAUAAGGACGUCAAAGUUGCUCUGAGGAAAAUUCUGAACUGUAGAAAGUGUUCAUGA